AAUUUUACUAUAUAGUUGGCAAUCUAGUCUAUUUUUAUUAUCUAUAUCUGUGGUAUGGCUUUCGUAACCAUGGAAAUAACUAAUAAUUCAUAAGACCUCGUUAAUCAUUAACAUUAUAACAUUUUCAUUUUGUGUUCUACUAUAAUUGAAGCAUAUUUUGUAAUUUAAAAACUUAUCAAAAUGAGUCGAUUAUUCAAGAAAAUCAGCUCGAUUAGCUCAAUCAUCAUUGAAGCAGCCAGACCAAACAUAAAAACUUUUGCGAAAUACGCAAAAGUAGAGUUAACACCUCCAAAAUUAUCCGACUUGCCGGAAAUAAAAAAUGGGAUUUAUAAAAUGACACAAACAGCUCGAACUGGAUGUUGGAAAAAUAUUACCGUUAAGGAUGCUACUGUCCAAUCGUUCAUUGCUCUGGAAGUUUAUAUGUGGUUCUACGUCGGUGAAUGUAUAGGAAAGAGGCACCUAAUUGGUUAUGACAUCAAGUUAUAAAUAAUACCUAUUACCUAAAUAUAUUUAUUCGGCAUAUUUCUAGUUUAGCUCGUAAGCGAUUUUCUACAGUUAUAUAAAUAGUAAAUGAUAAACACAGUAUUUUUUUUGUAUUAUUCCUUAUUUUUAUUUCUAAAAAUCAUAG